AUGACGUCACUUCUAAUUGCCUGUUUUUUUGUGGUUGUCUUAGCAAAUGCCGAGAAUUUCGAAUAUGAUCAAUGUAAGAUUUUGCAAAAUUUCUUGAAAACCAAAGAAAUUUCAGUUUCAGAUGACACACUUCUAGAGCCAGUCAAACGAUCAGAUCGACCAAUCAGAUCGGAUGUGAGCUGCUUUUUUAAAUGUUUGCAGUUAGACUAACUCAAUUUUUGUAGGGUAUGGGAAGUCCAUUGAUUCGUUUUGGAAAACGAUUUGAAACUGGUGCACCAUUAAUCAGAUUUGGAAAAAGAUCUCCUGAUGGAGCACCUUUGAUUAGAUUUGGAAGAGCUCCAGAAGGAUCAUCUCCAUUGAUUCGAUUUGGAAAAAGAUCGCCAGGAGCACCACUUAUCAGGUAAUUAAGAUGGUCACGAAUCCUUAUGAAGCAGGGUCUCAUAACAAUAUUUCCAUAAUUAAUUACCCUAAUUAAUCGCUCAAUCAACAGAUUUGGUCGUUCCCCAUCAGCUCCAUUGAUUCGUUUCGGUCGUUCACCAGCCAGUGCUCCACUUAUCCGAUUUGGAAGAAGUUCAGCUCCGCUCAUUCGAUUUGGUCGAAAAUAA